AUGACAAGUGCUAAAUAAUUUAAUUUGGCAGCAGGGAAAUAAUUCAGUUAAUCGAAACCCUUUUCUUUUUCUUCCUCACAGUCUAAUAAAAGAAAAAAUUAUAAUUAUAAUAAUUAAUAAGAAAAUAAUUCUUCAGGUUUUCUUUCCUAAUAAUUUUUAUCUAUUUCUUCCUUACUUGUGAGAUUAUUCCAUAGCUUGGUGAACCGUCAUGGAAUAAUUUGUUAAUAAUAAAUAUUUAUAUAUAUAUAUAUUACUGUGUAUGAGAAAGAUAAACGAGUGUAAUGGAAGCUUGAAUUGGUCUCGCGAUUUGUGAGAGAGAGAGAGAGAGAGAGAGAGAAAGAAAGAGAGAUAUUUGAGGUUAGAGAAACAAACAGGUUAGGGUUUCUCUGAAUUUGUAUGAAGCAAGACGGUGGUGUUUGCCUCUUAGACCAAAACUGGGGACUGAAGGCGAAGAAGCAUCUCGCUUGAGUCGCUGUUUCUGCUGCGUCGAUUGGCUUGUGCGCUUCUGCUGCACUGCUGAUUCAGAUAGUAUGGACAUCGAUGCAUCUCCUCCUUCUCUUCCUUCCCAUAAUAACAGGCCCCGUGAUCGAAUCGUUCGGAGACUUAUACCACUUGGAGUCCCUGUGGAGUUACUUGAUCAGUACCAACGAGGGUUAGUUGCUUUUGUAAAAGAUGAUAAAUCUCGGAUACCGGAGUUGGUUUCAGCUAUCUUACCAACGGAUGAGGAGGUGGCGGAAUUUAUUCGUGAAUCUAAGCCUGGGUUUAGAAAACAAUUGGCAGGGCCAACAAUGAAAAGUAUCUUCAGAGAGAGCUUGGGGUGGUUGCAAUGGUUGAUGUUUGAGGGUGAACCGGCUAGUGCCUUAAGGAAGCUUGCCCAAUUGAGUGUCGGCCAGCGUGGUGUGUGUGGCUCUAUAUGGGGUCAUAAUGAUAUAGCUUAUAGGUGUAAAACUUGUGAGCAUGACCCAACAUGUGCAAUCUGUGUUCCCUGUUUUCAGAAUGGGAACCACGAGGACCAUGAUUACUCAGUUAUCUAUACGGGCGGAGGUUGCUGUGACUGUGGGGAUGUGACGGCGUGGAAGAGAGAAGGGUUUUGCUCAAAGCAUAAAGGUGCAGAACAGAUACAACCUCUUCCUGAGGAGUAUGCGAACUCUGUUGGUCCUGUACUUGAUGCUCUUCUUUUUUGCUGGGAAAAAAGGCUAUUGAAUGCUGAGACUACUUGUAAGGAAAACCCAAGAUUGAAUGAACGUGUUACAGAGCGUAAGAAGGUUGCAACCGAGCUGACGUUUGUUAUAGUUGAGAUGCUGUUAGAGUUCUGUAAGCAGAGUGAGAGUUUGCUUAGUUUUAUUUCAAAGAAGGUUUUCUCAUCAGCUGGCUUGUUGGAGAUUCUAGUGAGAGCAGAAAGGUUUGUAAGCGAGGUUGUUGUGAAAGACCUACAUGAGUUGCUCCUGAAAUUGCUGGGGGAACCUUAUUUCAAAUACGAAUUUGCUAAAGUAUUUCUCGGAUAUUACCCUACUGUUGUAAGUGCUGUCAUAAAAGAGUCCAGCGAUGCUGUUUUGAAAAAGUUUCCACUGCUUCCUACAUUCUCCGUGCAAAUAUUCACUGUUCCAACUUUAACUCCUCGGCUUGUGAAAGAAAUGAACCUUUUAACAAUUUUAUUGGAUUGUUUGGGAGAUAUCUUCCAUUCUUGUGCCGGUGACGAUGGCCGGUUACAGAUUAACAAGUGGGGGAAUUUGCAUGAGAUCACCCUUCGUGUGGUUGAAGACAUUCGAUUUGUUAUGAGUCAUUCUGGAGUUCCUAGUUAUGUAACCAGAGAUCAACCAGAUAUUACAAGUACAUGGAUGAGACUCUUGAAUUAUGUGCAAGGGAUGAACCCUCAAAAGAGAGAAACAGGUGUUCAUAUCGAAGAAGAAAAUGAGCAUAUGCAUUUGCCAUUUGUCUUGGGUCAUUCUAUUGCCAACAUUCACUGCCUUCUGGUGGAUGGAGCAUUUUCAAUUUCUAGUAGUACAGAGACGGAUGAUGAGAUUAUUUCUGAAACAAACAAGCUAGAUACUGAUGAUGGAGAUAGCCUAAGACAUUCUAAAGUAGGGCGUAUGUCCCAGGAAAGUUCCGCAUGUAGUGCAAGUGGUAGGUGUACUUCAUCCAUGUCAUCCCCCAUGCUUGUUGAGAAUAAAUUAGAUUCAGCUUCUAGUCUCUUAGUUCCCCCUUCUGUGACAUGGUUAACACAUGAGUGCUUGAGAGCAAUUGAUAAUUGGUUGGCAGUUGAUAAUACAUCGGCUCUUGGUGUAUGGUCUCCUAGUUCAAGUAAUAUCACAAGCAGCAAUUUUUCAGCAUUGAAGAGAACAUUAUCCAAGAUUAGAAAAGGCAGAUAUAUAUUUGGUAGACUUUCUAGUUCAAUCGAAGAUCAUGGUGGACAAUUUUCUCCACAUGCACAAAGUGGUUCCCGUAUUGUGCAAAAUGGAAAAAGUAUAGGGAUGGAGAGUAGGUUAACAAUUACUGGGGAAAGUGGCUCAGCUAAUUCAUGCACCCGUCCAAGCUUUGAUGAUACUAUAGUUGAAGGUGAUGGUGCAAUGGACCUGGAUGCUCUACGUGUUUUAAGCUUGUCGGAUUGGCCUGACAUAGUGUAUGAUGUUAGUUCACAAGAUGUAUCAGUUCACAUUCCUUUACAUCGAUUUCUUUCCUUGCUUCUACAGAAAGCAUUGAGCGGAUGUUUCGGUGAAUCUGCAGAGUCCAAUAUUUCUACUGCUUCUGUGCUUUCAUUGCCAAUCUACACUGACUUCUUUGGACACAUUCUUAGUGGCUGCCAUCCAUAUGGAUUUUCUGCCUUCGCUAUGGAGCAUCCUUUGAGGAUUAGGGUAUUCUGUGCCGAGGUACAUGCUGGAAUGUGGCGGAAGAAUGGGGAUGCGGCCAUGUUAUCUUGUGAGUGGUACCGUUCUGUACGUUGGUCUGAACAAGGUUUGGAGCUUGAUCUUUUUCUGUUACAGUGUGCUGCUGCUAUGGCUCCAGCUGAUCCAUAUAUAUUUAGAAUUUUAGAACGCUUUGGACUAUCUAACUACCUUUCUCUGAAUGUUGAGCGUUCAAGUGAGUAUGAACCAAACUUAGUUCAAGAAAUGCUUACUUUUAUCAUACAAAUUGUCAAAGGAAGGCGAUUUUGUGGCUUAACCAAAGCUGACAGCUUAAAACGAGAGUUGGUUUACAAGUUAGCCAUUGGUGAUUCGACUCAUAGUCAAUUAGUGAAAUCUCUUCCUCGUGAUCUCUCUAAGUUUGAGCAGCUUCAGGAAAUAUUGGAUGCCAUCGCCGUGUAUUCUAAUCCAUCUGGCUUCAAUCAGGGCACCUAUUCAUUACACUGGUCAUUUUGGAGUGAGCUGGAUUUGUAUCAUCCUCGUUGGAACUCUAGAGAUUUACAAGUAGCAGAAGAAAGAUAUUUGCGCUUUCGUGGUGUGUCAGCUUUGACUAAUCAGCUGCCAAGGUGGACCAAGAUAUAUCCUCCUCUGAAGGGAGUAGCUAGAGUGGUUACUUGUAAAGCAGUCCUUCAAAUUGUUCGUUCUGUUCUAUUCUAUGCAGUUUUCACCGACAAAUCAAUUGAAUCACGUGCUCCUGAUGAUGUUCUUAUAACUUCAUUGCACUUGCUCUCAUUAGGGUUGGACACAUGCUUUCAACACAGGGACUCCGGAGAUUUGUCCUGUUAUGAUGGAGAAUCAAUUCCCAUGCUAGCUUUUGCUGGUGAAGAAAUUGGCCAGGGAUUAAAAUAUGGUGCUGGUGAACAAAGUUUGCUGUCACUUCUUGUCUUAUUGAUGAGAAUGCAUAAGAAGGAAAAUUCAGAAAAUUCAUUGGAUUCAGGCAGUUGCAAUCUUUCCUCUUUAAUUGAAAAUUUGUUGAAGAAGUUUGCCGAAAUUGAUUCUGGAUGCAUGACCAAACUGCAACAACUUACACCUGAAGUGGUCGGUUAUCUUCCACAAACCUUUCCCACUGAUGAUACAAAUGCCUCAAGGUCAGGUUCUGAUGGAGAAAAGCGCAAGGCAAAAGCUCGAGAGCGACAGGCUGCAAUAUUGGCGAAAAUGAGAGCUGAUCAAGCUAAGUUUAUGGCUAAUAUUGAUACCGCUGCAGAUGAUGAUUCUAAAUCUGAACAAGAAUGUAGUAACAUGGAUGUUGAAGAUGAAUCAGAAGAAUCUGCACAAGUUGUAUGCUCACUUUGUCAUGAUCCAAAUUCCAAAAGUCCUGUAUCGUACUUGAUUCUUCUCCAGAAAUCAAAGCUUAUGAGUUUCGUUGAUAGAGGUCCCCCAUCUUGGGAGCGUCCUCACCGAGACAAGGAGCAUGUGACUAUGACCACAGAUUGGAAGGCUGUUCAACCUGAAACGGGAAGUUUUUCAGCUGGUUCUGGAUUAUUUUCAUCUUCUGAGUUGGCACAGUUGAUUGAGAAUGCAGUCACCGAAUUUGCAUAUCAUGGCCAACCUAGGGAAGUUGAUGCUUUUCUUGAAUUUUUCAAGGGCCAAUUACCUGCAUUAACUCAAGUACCAUGUGUAUCAAAUGAUGGAAAGGAGAGGGACUUUUAUUUCUUAGAGAUAUCAGAAGAAGAUAUGUACCUAUUGAUUCAAAGAGAAAUGCAAGAGAACAUGUCCUCAUCACGUUUUGUGGAUGACAUGAAACUUUCAACUGCUGUAGGUAGUUCAAGUUCUGAGAGAAGGAAAUUGGUUGAAACUAUGUUUCUUGGAAAAUAUGUAGCAGCUGUUUCGAGUGAGAUGGCAGAAAAUCCUUCAGCUUCUGACAAUGUACGUACUGACAAGUUGCCAAAAGAGUUUAUGCAUCUCCCAGCGUGCGAUGGAUUUGGCCCGACAGAUUGUGAUGGAAUAGUUCUUUCCUCAUGUGGGCAUGCUGUGCAUCAAGGGUGCCUUGAUCGGUAUUUACAUUCAUUAAAAGAAAGAUAUCUCCGAAGAAUUGUCUUUGAAGGAGGGCAUAUUGUAGACCCAGAUCAGGGGGAGUUUCUCUGCCCAGUAUGUCGUAGGCUUGCAAAUUCCAUUUUACCUGAAUUGCCUGGCGAGUGCCAGAAGGUUUUGAAGCAGCCCCAUAAUCCAAUUGCUGGUUCACCCGACGCUAGUUGCUCUUCAAGAAAAACGUGUGAAGAUAUGAGUUCGCUUCACCUUCAGCAAGGCUUGGCUCUUUUACACUCUGCAGCAAAUGUAGCCUUUGGGCUUGAAACCCUCAAAGGUGUCCCCUUGGAUAAGAAUGAGAGAACAAGCCCAAAUCUUGAACCUGUGACUCGUGUCCUCUCUAAAAUGUUUUUAUCAAAUAGACAGGAUAAGCUUGUUGGAUCCUCUAGGAUAAACCACUCAAUGCUUAUGUGGGACAUUCUUAAGUACUCCCUUCAAUCAAUGGAAAUUGCUGCCCGAUGUGGAAGGACAUAUACAACUCCAACAUAUGACCUCAAUGUCCUGUAUAAAGAACUUGAGUCUUCCAGUGGAUUUAUAUUAUCCUUAUUGCUAAAAGUUGUUCAAAGCACGCAGAGUAAGAAUUCUCUUCAUGUACUUCAGAGAUAUCGGGGGAUUCAAAGCUUUGCAGAUUCUAUUUGCUCUGUAGUUUCCUUGGAUCAUAAUAAUGCAAAUGAACCAGGCUGUAUGCUACAUAUCUUCAAUAAUAUUGAUACGGGUGUAUCUGUUUCUGAUAUUCAAUUUUGGAGUCGAGCUUCUGAUCCUAUUGUUGCCCGUGAUCCCUUUUCAUCAUUGAUGUGGGUACUUUUUUGUCUUCCACGCCCUUUCCUAGCAUGUGAGGACUCCCUUUUACAUCUCAUACAUGUCUUCUAUGCAGUCACUGUAGUUCAGGCUAUAAUUACGUACUGUGGGAAACAUCAAUCCAACACAAGUGAAUUAGGUGUUGAUGAUUGCUUGAUUACAGACAUAUUGAAACUCUUGGGAGAAUCUGAAUGUGUGCAGGAUUAUUUUGUUUCAAACUAUAUUGGUAAAUCUGAUAAUAUAAGGAUUGUAAUUAGGAGCUUGAGUUUCCCAUAUUUGCGGAGGUGUGCAUUGCUUUGGAAACUACUAACCUCCUCGUUCCGAGCACCAUUCUACGAUAGGGAUAACACUCUGGAUAGAUCACAAUUUAUCAAUGACUUGAUGGAAAACACUGUCGGUGGCCACAUGGAGUUUAAUGAAAUUGAAAGGCUGGAAAAUAUGUUUAAGAUCCCCCAAUUGGAUUUGAUUCUUAAGGAUGAACUGCUACGCUCCCUUUCUUUGAAAUGGUUCCAACAUUUUCACAUGGAGUUUAAACUCUGUAGAUUUCAGAAAAACAUGCAUUGCAACCCUGCAGUACCAUUUCAGUUGAUGCAUUUGCCACGAGUAUACCAUGAUCUACUGCAGAGGUGCAUAAAACAGCCUUGUCCUGCCUGCAAUUCUGUUCUUGAGGAUCCUGCAUUGUGCCUGUUUUGUGGUAGAUUAUGCUCUCCCAAUUGGAAGUCCUGUUGCAGGGAAAGUGGAUGUCAAACUCAUGCUAUGGGCUGCGGUGCUGGUACUGGAAUAUUUCUCUUGAUUAAGAGAACAACAAUACUCCUUCAGAGGUCUGCUCGCCAGGCUCCCUGGCCAUCAUUAUAUUUGGAUGCCUUUGGUGAAGAGGACAUGGAGAUGAGUAGAGGAAAGCCUUUGUACCUGAACGAAGAACGCUAUGCUGCUUUAACGUAUAUGGUGGCUUCUCAUGGCCUUGAUCGAAGUUCCAGGGUUCUUGGCCAAACCACUAUUGGUUCUUUCUUCACGGUUUAGUUUGACUUGGUGCAUUGAAUUGAUUGAGAUGGAUGGAUUACAAUUGGUUUUAGCAAGUUGAACAUGGUCAAAUAAAUUUUGUCCUCUGUCCAUCAACGUGGAGGAUCUUGGUUCUAUGUUGGAUUUGGUAUAUAUGAAAAGAUGUACAGCACCUUGAGUUGGGCCUGGUGGGCUUGUACUUAUGUUUGUACAGUUAUAUCAGUUCCACCCCAUUUCAGAAGUUUAUGGUCUUCAAUUGAUCGGAUGUACAUAUAAAACCGUAGCAGUGGUGAUUUAUGAGGUGGAGUUGGAGACUGAUUUGCACUUUCUCUUUAUCUUUUUCUAUUUAUUAAAAUAUGGUUGCUUCAUAAAUUAUAUUACCGGAAUUACAUUUCAUUCGAGUUUUAUUUGUUUUUAUUAAACUUUCUUCCUUGUAGAAUAAUACUUAGAUUUGCAUGCAUAUUUGUUUUUGUGUGUCUGUUGCAUGUGAAACAUCGACUGCAUUUUAUGUAAAUUUAUAUCUGCAUAGAAGAAAGAAAAAUGCAUUAUUUUAAUAUUUAUAUAUUUAUGAAUAGUGGAUAAUAAA